CGCGGCCGGCGCCCAGGCCCCGUUUCAAGAUGGCGGACGACAGUGAGACAGCAGUGAGGCGGCCGCCGGCGCGGCUCCCGCGACCGGCGGCGGGGGAGAACGACCACGAGCACUGCAGCGACUGCGAGAACGAGGCGGAGCGCGGCUCCAACCGCGGGGGCCUGAGUCCAGCAAAUGACAGUGGAGCCAAAAAGAAGAAAAAGAAACCCAAACAGAAGAGAGAGAAAGGAGGAGGAGACCAGCCUGACCAGGCUCAGGACCAGCCAGUGAAGGUGAACUCUUUACCCGCUGAGAGGAUCCAGGAGAUUCAAAAAGCCAUCGAGCUCUUCUCUGUAGGUCAGGGCCCUGCCAAAACCAUGGAGGAGGCCAGCAAGAGGAGCUACCAGUUCUGGGACACGCAGCCAGUGCCCAAGCUCGGAGAGGUGGUGAACACUCACGGCCCAGUGGAGCCGGACAAGGACAAUAUCCGUCAGGAACCCUACACCCUGCCCCAGGGCUUCACCUGGGAUGCCCUGGACCUCGGGGACAGAGGUGUGCUGAAGGAGCUCUACACGCUGCUCAACGAGAACUACGUGGAGGACGAUGACAACAUGUUCCGCUUCGAUUACUCCCCCGAGUUCCUGCUGUGGGCUCUGCGUCCUCCGGGCUGGCUGCCCCAGUGGCACUGUGGGGUCCGAGUUGUCUCCAGCAAGAAGCUGGUUGGAUUUAUCAGCGCCAUUCCAGCCACAAUCCACAUCUAUGACACAGAGAAGAAGAUGGUGGAGAUAAACUUCCUGUGCGUCCACAAAAAGCUGCGCUCCAAACGGGUGGCUCCGGUGCUGAUCCGCGAGAUCACGCGGCGGGUGCAUCUGGAGGGGAUCUUCCAGGCUGUUUACACUGCGGGAGUGGUGCUGCCAAAGCCUGUGGGGACUUGCAGGUACUGGCACCGGUCCCUGAACCCUCGGAAACUCAUCGAGGUCAAAUUCUCCCACCUGAGCAGGAACAUGACUAUGCAACGUACCACGAAGCUUUACCGGCUGCCCGAGACUCCCAAGACGCCCGGCCUGCGGCCCAUGGAGCACAGGGACAUCUCUGCCGUGCACAAGCUCUUGACCGAAUACCUGAAGCAGUUCCACCUGACGCCCGUGAUGAGCCGAGAGGAGGUGGAGCACUGGUUCUUACCUCAGGAGAACAUCAUCGACACCUUUGUGGUAGAGAGCACCCCGGGGGAGGUGACAGACUUCCUGAGCUUCUACACUCUGCCCUCCACCAUCAUGAACCACCCGACUCACAAGAGCCUGAAAGCUGCUUAUUCCUUCUACAACGUUCACACCAAGACGCCUCUCAUCGACCUCAUGAGUGACGCCCUCAUCCUCGCCAAGUCGAAAGGAUUCGACGUCUUCAAUGCACUGGAUCUCAUGGAAAACAAAACCUUCCUGGAGAAGCUGAAGUUUGGGAUCGGGGACGGGAACCUGCAGUAUUACCUGUACAAUUGGAAGUGUCCCAGCAUGGCCCCAGAGAAGGUCGGACUGGUGCUGCAGUAGUGAGCCCUUGCCAGGAGAGCGUGGAGGAGCCGGGCCUGGUGGAGGUGCUGCCCCUCAUCCUUUCUGCCAAAGCUGGACCCAUGCCGGGCCAGGGGGAACCGGAGCAGCCGCCCACGGCUCCCGCCACCGCCGCCGCCUCCUUGUCUGGUUUAAUUUGCAUCCUCUAAAGACACGAUCAAGGGAAUGUAACUGCUGAAACUAGAUCAUGAUUGGCAUAGAAUGGAGCUAACGGGUGAAUAAUAAAAGUAUAUAUUAUAUAUAUUUUAAA